GGUCCCCGGCCGAGGAUGCCGCCCGCCGCCGCUCGCUCCAGUUCAUCUGUUGCUGCCUGACCGCGCCGCCAGCCCGAUGGAUGCGGCCGCCCCCGCGCCCUGCCCGCCCGCAGCCGCCCCGCUGGCUACUGAGCCGGGAACCGCUCCGGAGCUCCGCGGCUGCUAAAAACCAAACCAAAACCAAAUCCGAACCAAAAAACACCCCCCAGCUUCGGGCCGGACUGGAGAGGCGGCCGAGGAGCAUGCAGCGUGUCCCCCGGCUCGGCGCUCCCGGCGCGGCGCCGGGCACAGCCGCCUCCUAAAGCCGCCGGAGCCGGGGCUCCCCGGACUCGGGGCUCCCCCCGCCAGGACCCGCGCACCCAGCGCCUCCUCCUUCCCUUCUCCCUCCAGCCGGGCAGGGAGCCCGCCUUCGCACUCCUCUCCCUCUCGAGAUUUUGGGUUUUUUGUUGUGUGUUUGGGUGGGUUUUUUUGGUUUGUUUUUUUUUUUUUUUUUUUUUGGGUGGAAACCGCCCGUAACUCCGGGGGGAGCUGUGGGGUGGCAGCGGGGAGGCGACCAUGGAAGAAAAGCUCCAGGCGCAUCAGGUGGAGAUCGACCCGGAUUUCGAGCCGCAGAGCCGUCCCCGCUCCUGCACUUGGCCUCUCCCCCACCCCGACUUGGAGGAGGAAGAUGGGGGCGCGGGGGGAACCCCGGCGCUGGCGGCCGGCGGGGACGGAGCGGAGAACGCGGCGGCGCCGGUGGAGCGCAGAGCGGCCGCCGCUCCCCCGCCGCCCCACGGCGCGGAUGUGGGGCAGCUCCGCAAGGCCAAGACCUCCCGGCGCAACGCCUGGGGCAACCUCUCCUACGCCGACCUCAUCACCAAAGCCAUCGAGAGCUCGCCGGAGAAGCGCCUCACCCUCUCGCAGAUCUACGACUGGAUGGUGCGAUACGUCCCCUACUUUAAGGAUAAAGGAGACAGCAACAGCUCGGCCGGCUGGAAGAAUUCCAUCCGGCACAACCUGUCCCUGCACACGCGCUUCAUCCGCGUGCAGAACGAGGGCACGGGCAAGAGCUCCUGGUGGAUGCUGAACCCCGAGGGCGGCAAGACGGGCAAGACGCCGCGGCGGCGCGCCGUGUCCAUGGACAACAACAGCAAGUUCCUGCGCAUCAAGGGCAAGGCCAGCAAGAAGAAGCAGCUGCAGGUGACGCAGGAGCGCGGCGAGGACAGCCCGUCCUCCCAGCAGCCCAAGUGGUCGGAGAGCCCCGCGUCCCACGCCAGCGACGAGUACGACGCCUGGGCGGACUUCAGGACGCGGGCCAGCUCCACGGCCAGCACGCUGAGCGGGCGCCUCUCGCCCAUCAUGGCCAACCACGAGCCGGACGAGCUGGAGGAGGACGACGGCACCCCCUCGUCGCCGCUGAUGUACCCCAGCCCUUCCAGCACCAUGUCUCCUUCCCUGAGCGCCCGCUGCUCCGUGGAGCUGCCCCGGCUGACCGACCUGACCGGCACCAUCAGCCUGAACGAGAGCCUGGGGGAGAGCAUGCUGGAGGACCUGCAGGACGGCUACAGCAUGAGCCCCUCGCAGCAGCUCCCCCCGGCCGCCCUGCGGCAGAGGAGCUCCAGCUUCACCUUCAACUCCAAGUGCUCCAGCAUGGGGGCCGCCUCCAACACCUACUGCGGGACCAUCUACAGCCAGCCGGCCAUGGGCCUCAUGCGGCGCCUGCCCAUGCAGACCAUCCAGGAGAACAAGCAGGCCACCUUCUCGCCCGCCAGCUCCUACAGGAACGCCUCGCUGCAGGACCUGCUCUCCUCCAUCUCCUACGCGCACAAGGAGAGCAUGGUCCCGGGGGAGCUGCCCCCGCUGCCGCAGGCCAGCCCCAUGGUGCCGGCCCGUGGCCACAGACACAACCCGCUGCUGUGCGGGGCUGGAGAGCAGGCCCUGUCCUCCUACCCGCCCCACCCGGGCUCUCUGAUGAAGAGCAACGCCCUGUACCACCCGUCACCAGCCGGCCACCACCCUGCGGUCAGCACCAGUGCCUUAGCCAAUCCUGUCAGCCUUAUGAGCCUGCCCAGUGAGUCGUGCAGCAUGACGGCCGUGCCGCACCACCACGGGCACCUGCAUCCCUACGCCAAUAGCCAAGGGGCACACAUGAGCCUGCUGGAUUCGCUGCAGGGCCCCUACCCGGGGGCCGUCCACCCGCCCGUGUUGGGCCAGGACAGGUUCCCAGCAGACCUGGACCUGGACAUGUUCAACGGGAGCCUGGAGUGCGACGUGGAGUCCAUCAUCCUCAAUGACUUUAUGGACAGCGAUGAGAUGGAUUUCAACUUCGACUCGGCGCUCCCGCCGCAGAACGGGCUCAACGUGCCCGCGCUGCCCGGGGGCCCGCAGCCCACGAACCAGAGCUGGGUGCCCGGGUGACCCUGCCCCUGCUCGGGCUCGCCACCGGGAAGCCACCAGGGGAACAUUGAGACUCACUGUUUUUUUUUUCCUUUCUCUUCUGCCUUUGUUUGUUGAGAUAGGCGAGAGCCAUCGGUCUGAGCUUAAGGUCGAACACGAAACACAAACCGGAGGGUGAAAUGUUGAGAUGGGGGAGGACGCCCAGCCCCAGGUGUGCCAGGUCCUGCCAGCAUCCUCUGGAGGACACAGGGCAGGUGGGAGGGAGAGGCAGCUGGAGCCAGGCAGAUCCAGGGUGGUGGCAGGAAGGGAAAGCCUUUCUAGACAGUCCCAGUGCCCCAUGGUGCCAGUUGGGUUUGUCCUUGGGCUGGGGGACAGAGUGGUGGUGGCUGGUGCUGUGGGACCCCUGGGGAAGACCUCUUCUCUGAGCCACCUUGGGAAAUGAGUCCUCUGGGCAGAAGUGUCAGGAGUGGGGACCCUGCCCCAGGGCAAGGAGGGGCUCGUGGCCUCUCAAUCCUGGUGGAGAUGGGAGCUCUGCUGAGCCCACCCCCCAGGGCAGCUCUGCUGGGUGUCCUGGUGGCUGCAGGCAGGGUUCCUGGCCGAGCAGUGAGCAGGGGGUGGUGAUGGUGUGCAGCCAGCAGCUCUGGAGCAGCCCCUGGCAGCCCUUGGGGGUGCAGGAGAAGCUGCAGCCCCUGCCCAGAGCAGGCUGGGCACGCUCCAGGGGGUCCUGGUGGCAAUGAGGGACCCCUGGGCUGGCACUGAGGGACCCCUGGGCUGGAGGCUCAGGGGCAGCUCGCAGGGGCGGGGAGGGGGAAGUAUUUAUUUGAUUUCAUGCACUCUUUUGCCAUUGAGUUUUUGCAUUGGAAGGAAGAAAAGGGUCGAGCUUAGGGAGAGGAGAGAGGCCGUGGGCGAUGUGUCCCAUCACAUGGGACACACACAUGUGUCCCAUCACAUGUGUCCCACAAGAUGGCUCAUCUUGGCUUGGCUGGUGGCUGUGUCCCAUCACAUGGCUCAUCCUGGCUUGGCCGUGGGGGUGUUGGAUGUUGGGGUGGAAGCUGGGGGCUGUGCUGUGGGCCACCCUCCAGGAGGGGCUCUGUGUGUGUGAGGAGGGAGGGAUGUGGUGGCCCAGGCCUCUGGAUGCAGCGUGGGGUCCAUCCUGCUCCAAGCUGGGGUGACCCACAUUGCUCAGGGAGGUGCCACGGGGGCUCCUGGGGGGUCAGUGCCACCAGGGCUCUCACUGCCCACCCCUGGGGUGCCAGGAGCUGUCAGCAAGAGGGGUGCACCCACCUGCCAGGGGCUGGGGCUCCGUGGGGGUGAGGACCACAACUCACACACGGUCCUGCUGUGUGUCAGGACCCCAGACUGACCCCACUCUGUGGGGCAGGAGAGGGCCAGGGGUGUCCCAGCCAUUCCACACGGCUGCCAGGAGCAGCAGGGUUGGGAGGGGGUCAGGCUGGUGAGCGCCUGGUCUGGAGAGGAUGGAGGGGCUGGGAGGAGGAGCUGGGAGCUGCUGCUGUGUCCUGUGGGGUCUCUGCUCAGCUUUUCUGCUCCUGGGCACCACAGGCUCUGUGUGACCCCCGGGCCCUGGUCAGUGCACAGAACCAGCACAUUUUCCCAGCCCAGCUCUUCCUUCCCCAGAGCUGGGUCCCAGCCAGCCACAGGGACAGUGUCAGGGAAUGGGGACCCAUGGGUGGCACCUCCUGCUCCUCUCCUGACCCACAAGGCUGUGACAGAGGAGCCCAGUGUGCCACUGCCACCUUCACCCAGGGCACACGGCAGGCACGGUCUCUAAAGACAUCCUUUACAAGUUAAUUAAUUAUGUUUACAUUAUUUGAUCAUGUACAGAAUUUAAUAUAUUCUAUUAUAUAUAAUCUUUCUUGAAUGCUUUUUUUUAAGAAAAGGAUUAUUUGGUCAGGAUCAUUACCGCAUUCCUUUUAUAAACACCACCUCUCCUUUCAGGCAUCUUUCAAAUCCUUGGAAACUGAUUGCAAAUGGCUCUUUAACCCCUGAACCCCCAGUUCAGCACAUGGUGAGAGGGACCCAGAGGCAGGAGCAAACUGGGGCCUCUGCCCCCCAGGAAUGGGAGAAAGGGAUGGAGUCCUGGGUUCUCCAGGUGUCUGAUCUCUAGGAAUGGGAGAAAGGGAUGGAGUCCUGGGUCCUCCAGGUGUCUGAUCUCUAGGAAUGGGAGAAAGGGAUGGAGUCCUGGGUCCUCCAGGUGUCUGCCCCCCAGGAAUGGGAGAAAGGGAUGGAGUCCUGGCUUUUCCAGGCAUCUGCCCCCCAGGAAUGGGAGACAGGGAUGGAGUCCUGGGUCCUCCAGGUGUCUGAUCUCUAGGAAUGGGAGACAGGGAUGGAGUCCUGGGUUCUCCAGGUGUCUGAUCUCCAGGAAUGGGAGAAAGCGAAGGGCUCCUGGUUCUUCUAGGUAUCUGCCCUCCAGGCACAGAUCCAGCAGCACACCAGCAUGCCGAGCAGCACUCGGGCAGUUGGAGAUGGGAUUCUCCCAUGCUGGGGUCCCUGAGUCCCCUCCGGUGUCACAGACACUGGCUGGCCAUCAGUGUGAUGGGGGAGCCACCCCAACAGCAGGAGGGAAGUGUCCCCUUGUCCCCAGAACAGGAGGGAAGUGUCUCCUUGUCUCCAGCAGCAGGAGGGAAGUGUCCCCAGCACUGGAGGGAGGUGUCCCCUUAGUGCAGUACAACAUCCCCUUGUCCCCAGCACAGGAGGGAAGUGUCCCUUUGUCCCCAAACUGCAGGAGAGAAGUGUCUCUGUGUCCCCAGCAGCAGGAGGGAGGUGUCCCCUUGUCCCCAGCAGCAGGAGGGGAGUGUCUCUUUGUACCCAGAACAGGAGAGAAGUGUCCCCAGGAGCAGGAGGGGAGUGUCCCCUUAGUGCAGUACAACAUCCCCGUGUCCCCAGCACUGGAGGGAAGUGUCCCUUUGUCCCCAAACUGCAGGAGAGAAGUGUCCCUGUGUUCCCAGCAGCAGGAGGGGAGUGUCUCUUUGUACCCAGAACAGGAGGGAGGUGUCCCCAGGAGCAGGAGGGGACAAUACAACAUCCCCUUGUCCCCAGGAGCAGGAGGGGAGUGUCCCCUUAGUGCAGUACAACAUCCCCUUGUCCCCAGCACAGGAGGGGAGUGUCUCUUGUCCCCAGCACUGCAGGGAGCUGUCCCCGUGCCCGCCGUGCCGCCCCGUGCCCCUGCCCCGCUGCGUGGGCACGGCCCCUGGCCAAGCUGUGUCGUGGUUCGUGACCGUGGGGUUGUCGUGUGUGCGGUGCAGUCGUGUUGGUAACGUCAGUCCGUCAGUCAGUCAGUCAGUCAGUCAGUCAGUCAGUCAGUGGUGUGUUCAGUGCCCUGCGGGGCGAGGGGCGGCUAUGGGCACCCCCGGGGGGGCUGCAGGGCUGGGUGGCACAGCUGGCCCUGCCACAGAGCGCCAGGGCAGGUGGGGCUGUGUGUCCGGGUGGGUGCUGGUGAUGGACUGGGGGUGGCUAGCAUGGCUGUGCCCCCCUGUGACUGUCGCUGUGGGGAAGGGGGCACCCUCCAGGGCUUUGUGUCACUGCCUGAUGCUCUGAGUUCCCUCUCUGCAAUCAGCCACCCCACAUCCCACCUCACUGACCUCCAUCCUCUCCAUCAGCCAUUCCCCUCUGGGACCAGGAGCUCCCUCCCUGCUCCCACCCUGCCCUGCCUGGAGCCAGUGUGGGGGGACACCCAGGACCCCCCAGUUUGCUUCCCCUGGCGGUUUUGGGCCCGUUUCCCUCGUAUUUAUAACUGUACAGACUGGGGGGGAGGGUCUCAUCUCUCACACACAUUUAUUGUAGGCAAUGGUAACUUUCUUGGUUGUGCUAUUAGAGUUUGUGUAUGUGGCAAUGUAAAGAACUGUGUAUAGUGCAUUGUACAGCAUAUUUUCAUGAAUAAAAUUGUUUUAAAUAUUACAA